AUGACGGAGUGUGAGCUCACGGUGGUGGGUGCCAGAGGCGUGGGGAAGAGUGCCCUGACCAUCCAGCGCAUCCAGAACCACUCUGUGGAUGAGUACUUUCCCACCAUAGAGGACUCCCACCGGAAGCAAGUGGUCAUCGAUGGGGAGAUGUGCCUGUUGGGCAUGCUGGACACGGUGGGCCGGGAGGAGUACAGCGCCGUGCGGGCCCAGUACACGUGCACCCGGGAGGGCUUCCUCUGUUUGCCGUCAACGACGCCAAGUCUUUCAAGGGCCAGAUCCUUCGAGGACAUCCGCCAGUACAGGGAGCAGAUUGAGUGGUUGAAGGAAUCGGACGACAUGCCCAGGGUGCUGUUGGGGAACAAGUGUGACCUGGCCACGUGUACCGUGGAGUGUUGGCAGGCCCAAGACCUGGCCUGCAGCUAUGGCAUCCCCUACAUGGAGACUUCGGCCAAGAAGGGCCAGGGCGUGGAGGAUGCCGUCUACAAGCUGCAGCACAAGAGCCGGCAGCACAAGGUGAGCAAGCUGGGCCCGCCCGCCCCACGGGGGUGGCCUGCUCUCCCAACUGAGGCACAGGAGGCAUGUGGGAACCUCAGCUUGGUCCUGCUGGUGGUCCCUCUGUCUCUGGGGGCCCCGGGUGCGUCCUGCAGAGACCCCCUGGGUGCUGCAAGAAUGGGCCAGUCUAGCACGUAA